AUGCACAAGUUUUUCCAUGUGGGCCAGCCGUCAGCGUCUGCUACGGGGUCAGUAUCGGCGUGGCACGCGGGUCGCAUUCACCACAGGUAUCGGAUGCUGAAUCCAGCCUCUUCCAUCGUUGAAAGACUUGGCUCCAUCGCUCAUCUGCACUGGAAUCCUCGGGAGCACAUGGCUCCCAGGGUCUACGUCGACAAGCUCCUGCUGUCGGCCGCCCGCGUCAAUGUCUUGGGGAACCCGCGGGACGAGCUCAUCGUGAAGGAGGUGUCUGCUGUCAUGGAAUCUGAUGGCCAUUUUCAGAAAAUUUUAUACCUUUCUGCUGCUGUUCGAAUCUGGCAACAGCCUGUAUAA